CAGUUGUGCGCUGCUCCGCGUCGCGGCACGAACGCCCGCCAUUUUGCAUUCCAAGAUUUAAAUUCUCGGGCAGUCUAUUAAAAAAUAAAACUGUAUUUCCAUCACUUGUGUUUACACAAAUGUUAGCGAAACUUCAUGUGAAAACCCCACAACUGAAUCAUUGUGCUAAGACAACGAACUUACGAAUUUAAGAAACAAACUCGAAUUAAAAAACGAACCCUUAAAAUCGAAUUUCAAAACGUAACCAAGCAUUCCAAACUAACGCUUCAAAGUUGCCAUAUUAAAUUAACCAUUUUAUUAAUACUUUUAAUUUAAAAUAACAAGACAUUUAAGUGAGUAAUCGCAGAUAAAUUACGUGAAAAAAAUUGUGUCAAGAGCAAAAAGUGUGUGUCAAGGGGUCUGCAACUUUCCUUUUGUAGUGACUCGGUGACAUCGAUCGUAAUAAAUAGUUGGUGAAUCAAAAACGGCCUUGCGUGUGCGGCGGAAUUGUGGACGGAUUUUGGCGAAUCCCUUCACAGUUGCUCGUGUGACGUGCGCGCAGACUGUUCCGGAGCGGACCUCGAACUGUUAAUGUCAAAAAAGUGAAUAAAAAAAAGUAAAACGGUGUUCCGAAUCGUGCUCGUAAAAUUCAAAAGUGUUCUAAAAUAGUGUAACAAAAAUAAGAUCGAUGCAAAUUAUGCUAAGUGUGUGAUAAAAAAUGUCAACGCAAGCGUAUUACAAGGAGCGGCUGGGUUUCGACCCGCAAGAGGCGAUGCAGGAUGGUGUCAACGGGGGCUUCUACGACGGCCCUCACCAGGCCAAGAGGCACCGUGGGGACAAGGAGACCCACGACCAAGUAUACGAGGAAAACUUAACAAAAUUCAAAGGUACAACUUGUUGGGGCUUUUUCAUUCAACAAUCAGAUGAGCGGGAUGCAAUACAGAAGAAGACGUUCACGAAAUGGGUCAACAAACACCUGAAAAAGCACUGGAAACACUUGAAGGCAUACACUCGUCUCCACGUGUGCGAGGUGGUCAACAACCAGCCCUGCUGCCCGCCGCAGACCGUGAACCGGCACGUGAACGACUUGUUCGAGGACCUGCGCGAUGGACUCAACCUCAUCUCGCUGCUGGAGGUGCUUUCUGGCGAACACCUCCCCCGCGAGCGAGGCCGCAUGCGUUUCCACAUGCUGCAGAACGUCCAGAUGGCGCUGGACUUCCUCCGCUACAAGAAGAUCAAGCUGGUCAACAUCAGGGCUGAAGACAUCGUCGAUGGCAACCCCAAGCUGACCCUCGGGCUCAUCUGGACUAUCAUCCUGCAUUUCCAGAUCUCUGACAUCGUAGUGGGCCAGGAACCAAAUGUGACUGCCCGCGAGGCGCUGCUAUCCUGGGCCCGUCGCUCCACCGCCAAGUACCCCGGCGUGAGGGUGGCUGACUUCACCUCCUCCUGGAGGGAUGGUCUCGCCUUCAACGCGCUCAUCCAUAGGAACCGUCCUGACCUGAUCGACUGGCGUAACAUCAGGUCAAGACAGGUUCGUGAGCGCUUGGAGAUGGCCUUCCACGUGGUGGAGAAGGAGUACGGAGUCACCAGACUGCUCGACCCUGAAGACGUGGACACACAUGAACCGGACGAGAAGUCCCUGAUAACGUAUAUCUCGUCGCUGUACGAGACGUUCCCGGAGCCCCCGGCGGUGCACCCGCUGUUCGACGCGGAGUCCCAGCGCAGGGCGGCGGCCUACACCGAGCACGCCGCGCAGCACCGCGCCUGGCUACACGAGAAGUGCACGCUCAUGCAGGACCGUGCUUUCCCGUCAACUUUGAUCGAGAUGAAGAAGCUGCUUGGCGAGAGCACGAGGUUCCGCAACGAGGAGGUGCCAGUGCGCCAGCGAGAGAAGCAGAAGCUCUUCCAUCAGUACAGGGAACUUGAGAAAUACUUCGAAUCGGUGGGCGAGUGCGAUAUCGAGCCGACUCUCCGACCGGAGGCGCUGGAGCAGGCGUGGUCACGGCUGAUGAUGGCGCACCAGGAGCGCGAGCGCGACCUGGCCGACGAGAUCCGCCGCCUCGAGCGGCUGCAGCGGCUGGCUGAGAAGCUGCACAGAGACAUAAAACAAACUGAAUCCGGUCUAGACAAUGUGGAGCGCCACAUCGAGAGCGAGAUUCGCCGUGUGGAGCGCGGAGUACACCCUGCUGAAGCCAAGAUGGCUGCCGAACAGAUAGAGCAAGAGUUGAGGAGUAUGGAGCACACUAUACAGGAGAUGUUCCAGGACUCCCACGCGCUGAGGGAGGGCAGGUAUCCUCAGGCCAACGAGUUGCAUCGACGCGUGCAACAAAUCCACGACCGUUGGCUGAAUGCCCGCCAAUCCUUCACUGGUCGCCUGCUGCCGCGCCUGUCGUCCGUCCGUCUGCCUGUACAGCAGACCACCGUCAGGAGAGAGACCCGCACUGUCCUAGAGACCAGGGUCCACGAUGCCGACCCCAAAUUCCAGCAGUUGGCUGAAGCUACUAGGUGGUGCAAGGAGAAAUUGAAAAAGCUCCACGAAUCCGAGUAUGGGUCGGACCUACCGUCCGUGCAGCAUGAGCUGGACAAACACCAACGAGAACACAAGCAGAUCGAUCAGUUCCACUCCAAGGUGGAGCAGUGCGUGCACCACCGUGCUUCGUUCUCCGGCGAGGAGUUAGCGCUCUAUAACCAGCACCUCAGCCAGCUGCAGAAGUUGUACGCCGAGCUGCUUUCAACCAGCACUAAGCGCAUGUCUGACCUGGACGCUCUGCAGGACUUCCUCCAAUCAGCCACAGCUGAGCUGAACUGGCUCAACGAGAAGGAGCAGGUGGAAUUGUCCAGAGACUGGGCCGACCCCCACAUCAACCUGCCCGCGGUACAACACUACUAUGAGCAACUGAUGUCAUCGUUGGAGAAGCGAGAGCUGCAGUUCAGCAACGUGAUCGACCGCGGGGAGGCCCUCAUUGCGCAGCACCACCCAGCCACCAAGACCAUUGAAGCUCAUCUACAGGUGAUGCAGUCCCAAUGGGCGUGGGUGCUCCAACUGACCCUGUGUCUGGAGACCCAUCUCAAGCACACCACGCACUACCACCACUUCUUUGAAGAGGUCAAGGAGGCAGAGAAAUGGAUACAGAAACGCGAAGAAGCCCUAAACACGACGUUCUCGCAGUCGGAAUUCACACUCGACCAAGGCGAGCGGCUGUUGAAGGGUAUGCAGGACCUGAGAGAGGAACUCAACGCCCACGGCGCCGCCGUGUCGCGGCUGGUCGAGGAGGCCCAGGAGGUGCGCCCCGUGAAGCAGCGCCGGGCGCCAGUGACCAGGCCGCUACGGGCCGACACCGUCUGUGCUUACAAGCAUGCCAAUGUGGCGAUCGAGAAAGGUUCAGCGGUGACAGUGGUGGACAACUCUGGCCGCGUGCGCUGGCGCGUGCGCCUGGGCGGCGCGGGCACCGAGCUGCAGCUGCCGGGCGCCGUGCUGGCGCUGCCGCCGCCCUGCCAGGAGGCGCUCGACGCGGCGCAGCGGCUGCGCAACGCCUACGACCGGGUGAUACAACUAUGGCAACGGAAGCAACUGAGGAUGAGGCAAAACAUGAUCUUUGCCACCAUAAAAGUGGUCAAAGGAUGGGACUUCCCACAGUUCGUAGCAAUGGGCGCAGAACAGCGUCAAGCUAUUCGUCGCGCGCUUAACGAAGAUGCUGAGAAAUUGUUAGCGGAGGGCGACCCCGCCGACCCGCAGCUGAGGCGCCUGCGCAGAGAGAUCGACGAGGUUAACCGCCUGUUCGACGAGUUCGAACGACGCGCCCGAGCUGAGGAGGAAUCGAAGAACGCGGCUCGUAUCUUCACGGAACAGUCUUCCAACUUACUUGAACGUCUGGACGUCCUGGAGCGACAGCUGCAUGAGCGCAUCGCCAGCCAUAUUCCCCGGGACCUGGACUCUUUGGAGCACCUGGUCUUGCAGCAUAAGGACUGGGAAAGCAGUCUCCAUGCCCUAUCUGGAGAUGUCGAGGAAGUGCAGGCCACUUUCAGAGGCAUUGCUCUGAAGACACCGGCGAUGAAGAAGAAUCUGGACAAGGUGAUGGGCAAGUGGAACGACUUGCAGUCCAAGAGCCAACUGUUUGUGGAAAGGCUGAAGUUCGUGGAGAUAGUGGUGAACAGCAUGGAGGAGAACCACCAGUCUAUCACGGAGUUCGAGAUCAAGCUUGCGCAGUUCCAUGACCUGCCCAACGACGUCGAGCUGCUUAAGGAUAUGCACGAAGACCUGCUCCGCAUGCAGGUGGCAGUGAGCAAGCAGCAGAUUCAGAUAGACCAGAUGAACGACGACGCGGAGAACUGCCGCCGCCUGGUGGAGUCUUCCCGGUCAGCCCUGCCGCACUCCUCGCUGCCCAGAGCUGGGAAACAUAUUGACCUGGAGCGCCUGGACAAGGAGGUGACACAGCUGAACAACCGCUGGAAUAAUGUGUGCAGUCAACUGGCUGAACGCCUCCGCAGCUGCGAGGCAGCGUACCAACUCCUGCGCAACUACAACGCGGGUCUGGAGAAGGAGGCGGAAUGGAUCGACGAUUCGUUCAGCAAGCUCCAAGCGCAGCCGCCCAUCGAAGUUAGGCCCAAGGAACAGUUUGAGCCGACCAGGAACCUACUGACAACCGUCGUGGAGAGGACGCCAAAGAUUGAGAAGGUUAACGUUGAUGGUGGCAGGUUCAUAAGAGAGGCAAAGAUCUAUUCAUCGCGAUGUCAACGUUACGCUGAGUGGCUGUGCGACGAAGUACACCCUUCCCUGGACAUGAAGCAAAUCAAACGCCAGUCAGAAGUGGACUUGAUGGAGCGACUGCGAUCCAGAGGCAUCACUGUAGACCCUGAGAAGAUACCUACGGGCUCCGAGUCAGUGGCGAGAGAGCUAGAUGAGCUUAACGCGAAGCAUCAAAGAUUACUUGAUAUGUUGUAUGAGAGGCUACGACGCAUCGCCGCCGCGAAUCCCGGAGAUAUUGUCACUCUGCGCCUUGUCGAGGCUAUGGCGCCGCGCUCAGCCCGCUCGUUCCGCCAAGAAUUCAAUAUGCAAGACCUGGCGACUACCACGGAGACUUAUACUACGCACUAUACCUCUGAGAAAUACGUCAGAACGUCGCACUCGACCGAGCUAGAUGGCCACUCGCCCAUAAAAUCAAUGGCCAAUGGCAAACUAGGUUCCCCUAACUAUGCCACAAAAACCGUCCUCGGCGAAGACGACAGACCUGACCUCAGGAACCUUAAGCGCGUCCACAAAAUGUACGAAGGACCCAACAUUAUUGAAUCCAGAGGUAUAGUCCAUCCCGAGACUAAAGAAAUCUUGACAGUAGGUCAAGCAAUAAGUAUGAGAAUACUGGAUGUGAGAACAGGAAGACUGCUAUCUUCCCCGGAAACAAGACAAACUAUGACAUUAGAACAAGCAGCGAAAGAAGGUCUCAUUGACCCGAAGUUAGCUGCAAGACUUACAGGACCCUGUGGAGUCACAGAAGAUGGAAACGAAGUGACGCUACUUGAAGCUAUUCAGAGAGAACUUUACGAUGCCGAGCAAGGAAUGACGGACCCAGCAGAGAAGAGAAUCAAGGUAACUGUUGAACAUGAGAAACCUGGACAAGGAAUGAGCAUCUCAGACGCCCUAAAUCGCGGUCAAGUUGACUUACAGAGAGGUCUCUACAAACUGCCCAAUGGAACCUACAUCUCCAUCUCAGAAGCGUACCAAAGGGGUUACCUAAUCUACAAUGAGAUUAUCAAAAUCAAAUCGAGUGCUUUGUCUUUAUCAGACGCAAUAAGUCAAGACCUAGUAGAUAAUACUGGUUGGAUUCUGGACAGAAAUUCUGGCGACAGAUUUCAAUUAGAUGUUGCAAUCAAAAACGAACUCAUCAACCCUGACAUUCGUGAGGUUGUGGACCCUAAAAAUGACACCAAAAUUACGCUUGCUCAAGCUAUAGAAAAAGGCAUUAUAAAUACUAAACAUUCGAAAUACGUACACAAUGUUACUAAAGAAAAAAUGUCGUUCAAAGACGCGGCAAGUAAACGUUUCAUUUGUAAACCGAUGACGUUAAAAGAUGUUUGUGACAACAAUCUCAUGACUAAUGACGGUAAGAUUUUAUCGCCAACUAGUAGGGCGCCGUUAAAUAUCCUAGAAUCGAUUUCGGUUGGAGUUUUAGACAGUGAUAACAUUAAAUGCGUUAGUGAUACCACAACCGGUCAACUUCUUACUCUGUCCGAGGCAUUAGGUGCUAGGAUCAUCUUACCUGAUGACAACAAAUUCAGAGACAAUCUUACGGGUGAAAUUUGUACAAUUCCUGAAGCAGUAGACCGCGGUCUUAUUACUUCAGUAUCUCAAAGGUCCAUUUUCGAUAUCGAUGGCUUCCGAGACCCGAAAACAGGCGAAUUCGUUUCGUUCAAUGUAGCUAUGAGCCGAGGUAAUCUUAAAUACGUGAACGGUGAAACCUUUUUGAAAUCCGAAAGCGGCGAUUUUGUAUUUUUAGAGGACUGCACAAAAGUGUCAAUUGUCCGUGCCGAAGUUUUAGAAAUGUUCAAUCGUAAGAUUGGAAUUUACGAAAAUGGUAAAGAAUUGAGCGUAUUAGAUGCAGUAUUCAAGAAUGUAUUAGAUCCCAAAACCGGUCAUUUACUCGACGCCCAAACUAAAAAGCCCAUUCCGUUCAAUAAGGCUGUUGAAAUCAAUAUGAUUACGCCUGAAGGUGCCGCGUUGUUGAAUUCCCUACUUAACAUCACCCUCACGUUACAAACUGUUACGAAAACAGUUAAACGGUACGUGACAGUGUCUAAUACAAAUGCGUCUCAGAGAUCUGAGACUAUCAUUACUUUCGCUGAGGCAGUAAAGCGUGGAUUAAUCGACGAAACCACCCAAACAUUCACGGACCCGACUACAGGAACCGUGUUCCCGAUCCAACAAGCUUUAGACGAAGGCUUGUUAGGUGUAGAAAAGAACGAACCUAGAGUCGUACAUAUUUCAGAUCGCGUUACGAAGAAAGAUUUAGUUCCAGGUCAAGUAGUUGAGCUUAAAAUCACUAAAAAGUCUUUCAUUAAAGAUCUUCCGCCCAGUCCCGAAAGCAAAGUCCAAUAUGAUAAUAGACCUGAAACGGUUAAAAGCCCUGAUCAUACAAUUCGUGAGAUAAGUCAACCGCGUGAAGGCUUGAUGAAAGAAAUUAGAACGGUCACAUCUAAAUCAAUUGUGACAGAGCCGUCAGUCACUUCUAUGACUAUAAAGAAGAAUACUAUUGAGCUACCACGCGGAGGCUGGACUCUUAAAGAAGCCAUUCAGCAAAAGCUGUUCGACCCCGUUACAGGCGUGUUUAUAAUUCCCGGCACUGAUAGGGUUCUAGAUCUCGAAGAAGCCAUAAAACUGAAUAUUAUCAACCCAGACUCGGCUACGGUAGUCGAUCCGAAGACUAAGAAAGAAAUUCCUCUUAACAAGGCUUUAGAAUCUCGCAUAAUUGAUAACACCGGUCACUACAAACAUCCCAAAGGCGCUAUCACAAUGAAAGAAGCGAUCGAACGUAGCUACGUUAUAUUUUUGCAGUUAACAACAUUGUCGUCUUCCCAAAAGAUAAUAACUAUCACUUCAGUCGCUGGUAUGCCUGAUAAGAUGGAAAUCUCAGAAAUUCAAGCGCCUCAUGAAGCUGUUUCUGAGGAACAAUCUGUAUUGGAACCCGUACAAGUAGCACAAGGUGUUAUUUACGAUCCCGCUACAGCGCUAGUCAUCUCCACAAACUCGGGAUCAUCUGAGAAUAUUAUAGAAGCAGUAAAACGUGGCGUUGUUCCGUCUGACACUGUCAAAGUUAUCGAACCAAAAACAGGCAAACAAAUUAGUCUACAACAAGCUUUAAAUAAAGGGAUUGUUGAUAAGCGAACCGGUGAUUACGUAGACAAGUCCGGAAAGAAAAUAAGUCUCGCUGAUGCGGCUAAGAUAGGAUUAGUAGCGGUGGUAGGAGCUCCAUUAGUUGCCGCAUCUAAAGUGAUCCAAAUAGUUAGAAGCACCAUGAUUGUAGACCCGAAAACGGGUGAGAAAUUGCCUAUGGAAGUAGCUUAUGAACGCGGUCUUGUAGAUCCCACUACGUUCAGACAAUACGAGGAAUCAAUCAGGGAUAGGACACCAGAAACUGACUCACAAGAAAAAUCUAAGCCCGGUACUAGCACAGUUACUAUUUCUCAAGUAACCAAACCCGUUUCAAUAGGAGCCGCGGUAUCAGAAGGUUUUAUUACUGUUGAAUCAAUUCAAAACAGUCUUUCAACUGAUAAUAGGAAAGUGAUUCCCGUUGAGAAGUUAAAAUCGCCUCCACGAGAGGUUGUUCAAAUAACAAAAACUCGAAUUAAUACUGAACCAAAAUACAAAGUACAUAAAGCAACGGAACGAGUAAUAGAAACUCAAGUUCUUGAAAGUAAACCGGUCGUUCUUCAGAAACUAAGAAAACGCGUCGUUCUUCCUCUUGAAGCGAUUGAGAAAGGUUUGAUUGAUAAGGAAACAGCUAAAAUCUUAGAAGCAGUCAAAGUUUACAAAAACAAAAACGGAGAGCCUAUUACUCUUGAACAAGCGAUCGAGAAAGGGUUAGUAGACGAAAAUAAGGGUAAACUCGUAGAUCCAAUCCACGGGGAUAUAAUUAGCAUUAAAGAAGCGAUAAACAGGGGCAUUUUAGAUAGUGAAGGCCAGGACGAAGUACUGAUUCCUUUAGCUAAAGCUCUGUCCGUUCCAGAAGUCCUGGAGCAAGGACUCCUAGAUCCAGUCACAGGAAAAGUAAUUCAUCCUGAAUCCGGUAGUUUAUUAACUAUCAGAGAAGCCAUUAUUUGCGAUAUAGUAGACCCGUUAUCUACUAUUACUAUUGCGCCAGGUAAAACCGUUACUCUUGCUGAAGCAAUUGAAAGAGAUAUUCUUGACAAUGAAAAGAACGUCAUCAAAACUAGCGAUGGCCCUCUAGAUCUAAUUACUGCUGUUAACGCACAAAUAUUCCCUGAACCAAAAACUGUCAAAUCGCCUGAAGAUAUUCCACCCGCGGCGAUGACUUUGGCUGUGGCUAUCAAGCGCAAGGUCAUUAAUCCGACUACAGGUGACAUUAAACACCCAUUAACAGGAGAAGUAAUCCCUGUAAAAGACGCAGUUGACAAAGAUCUGAUAAUGGCUAUUCCUUACCCACAAUCAACGGAGACGAUAACUUUAGAGGAGGCACUUGACAAAGGUGCUGUCAAUCUUAAAGAGGGUACUUUCACUGAUCCAAAAACGAAGGAGGUAGUUCCCCUUGAUAAAGCUAUGGAGCAAGGUCUUCUAGCAGUGAAACCAAAUUCUGAAAUAAUGCAAGCUAUUGGUGUUGUCACUACUACAACGGAAACGUAUACAUCUCAACAUACUAUAACUACAAAAAUGAUUGAAUUACUAGCUGAUUACGUUCUAGUAAGCGCAAGCGAAGUGCAAAACACGAAAACAGGUGAGAUUAUUUCUAUUGAUGAAGCCAGGCAGAAGGGUAUCGUUAGAGAUGAGCAAACUAGUAAGGAACAGUUUAUGACUAGCGAAACUAAUAUCAGUUUCGAAGAUGCUCUUAAUCUUGGCUACAUCAAUAUUGAAGAAGGCACAUUCACACAUCCUAGCACAGGAGAAACUAUAACGAUUUCUGAAGCCGUUAGCACAGGAGUGUUGAACACUGAAGUGCCAAAAGAAACUGCUAAAACUUCACCUGUCAAAAAAGACACUGAUAUGCUCGACCUGAACGAAGCGUUUGAUCUUUUAUUCGAUGAGAAAACUCAAAAGUUUAGAGAUCCAAAAUCACCCAACAAAGUGCUUACUCUCAAGGAAGCUCUAGAAAAGAAUGUUAUAAAUCCUGAUUCAGUAAUUUACAACGUUGAAGCUGGUAAACCAGUUACAUUGAGAGAGGCUGUACAGACAGGUCUGAUUGAUAAUAAGACUGGAAAACUUAAGGAACCGAAGACAGGUAAGUCGGUUGACAUCAAGAAUGCUGCCAAAAUGGGACUGAUAGCUAUCGUUGCAGCUCCUGUUCUAGCUGGAGUUGCUGCCGUUCAAGGAGUAAAAUCAGUGACUAGUAAAAUAAUGAAGUCGAAGGAUCAACAGCCCACUGAAACAACAAGCCAAUUCGCUCCUAUAGACAAACCUGUUAAAUAUGAAACCAUCGAAAUCCAAGAAUCAAAGUCACCAAAAGUACCAGACGCUCCUCCUGUACCUCCCAAGAGGACCGAAAAACCACAGAAAGUUGUAGAUAGGCUUCAAGAGGAAGCUAAAGAAGUACAUUCGAAACCUUCAGAAAGCACAACUGUCACUCAAACUGUUGUUUCGAAAACUAUUCUUACGGAAAAGGAUAAAUCAAAAUCACCCGAAAAGGCUGAGCCAGCUAAACAGGAACUUCCUAAGGAGAAGAAGCCUGUUGAAGCAGCACCUAAAGUCGCGGAAAAAGAAAAGUCACCCAAGGAAACAGGUAAAGAAAAGAGUCCUAAAGAUUCGGAUAAAAGAGCUAAAUCUAAAUCACCUGAAAUACCUAAACAAGCUUCUGUUGAUGAACCUAAGAAGCCACACGAUGAUACAACAGUUGUGACUGAAACGAAAACUAUUGUCACUGAAACUGUCACACCUCAGGUACCAAAACGUACUUCACCUAGUAAAAGUAGAUCUGAUGUGACUGAGACUAAACCUAAAGACAAGGGACUCCGACAGGAAGAAAUUGUUGAAGGUAAACCAAUAAUUGAAGAGUACAGGGAAACUACACCUGAUGGUGGAGAAAUAACUAUUAUUAAGACUACGGUAACAAAAUCAGAACCCGCUGAAUAUGUAACGCAGCAAACAAGCACAGUUGUUACUACAACUACAACAACGUCUCACUCUGGGACUACUGAGUAUAUUGUUACUGAAGAAGGUUCAGAGCCUGAACAUAAAGAUAAACCUAAAACUGUAAAAUCUUCAGAAAAGGAGCCAAGCCCAAUUCUUGAUGUUGACUCUAAAGUACAAGAAGGACAACCGAUCAUUGAAGAAUACCACCAUACAACACCAGAAGGCGAAGAAGUUACGACAAUCGUUAAAACGAUUGUGUCUAAAUCUGAGCCUAGUGAUUUCAUUACUGAGCACUCAAGCACAGUAGUUACUAAGACUUCUAAAGUAACCACUGUUGAAAUAACACAGAAUGAGUCUAAAUCUUAUCAUAUGGUCACUGAAGAAGUUAGUGGCCCUUAUGAUUCCAGUGAGACUACAGUAGAAAGUUAUACAGUAGAGUUUGCUGAUUCUCCUGAUCAGGUCGAUAAGGCACUGGUUGAGCCCAGCACAAAAGAUAAAUUAUUUCCCUCUGACAAGGAUAAUAAUUUACCUACAGAACCAGUCUCGGAAAAAGACAAACCUAAACCAGGUAAAGAUGCCAUUGCUCCUAAACAAAAAUCGCCUGAGGCAAGUGAAAUGAAGGUAGAAACCAUUCAACCACUUGAAGUAGCACCUGGAGUGAUUUACGAUCCUGAAACAUCUGUUGUUAUAUCAUCUACCACCGGAGUUUCUGGAGAUCUUCUCGAAGCGGUAGAUAAAGGAAUAUUGCCAUCUGACACUGUAAAAGUAACAGACCCUAAAUCUGGCAAACAGCUAACUCUAAAGGAAGCAAUGGCCAAAGGUGUUGUUGACAAAAAGACCGGUCUAGUCAAAGACAAAUCUGGCAAAAAGAUAAGCUUUGCUGAUGCAGCUAAAUUUGGACUGGUGGCUGUGGUUGGCGCCCCGAUUUUAGCUGCAUCCAAAGUAAUUGAGAUUGUCAAGAAUGCUGUAGUUGUUGAUCCAAAGACAGGUGAAAAAGUGCCAUUGGAUAAAGCACGAGAUCGUGGCCUUGUCGAUCCUAAAACUUACAAAAAGUUUGAGGAGGUCGUCAAAGUUCAGUCCUCUAAGGAGGUCUUGCCUCAGACUUCAACAACUACGAUUACGCGUCAUGGCGAAGUGGUAAUCACAGAAAUUACACAACAUAAGCCUGUAGUUACUGAGAGCACCACAACAAUAGUUGAAAGCAAGGUAUUCGACGUCGUUUCACCUAAAGAUACACCUACCGGUGCUGAUGGUAAAACGAUUUCCGCCAUGCUUCUUGAUGCUGAACGUCAGCCUUUGAGAGUUAUCGAUGAGAUUACUGAACAAAACGUAACAAAAUUAAAAUCUGAGCCGGUUCAAGUAAUGUACGAAAACGUUCCUCUGAUAGAAGCAAUCACUCAAGGAAAAAUUGAACCUAAGGUUUGUAGGAUUGUCAUUAAUGGCAUCGAAUCUCCCUUAACGGUUCAGGACUCAUUAGAACAGGAGCAAAUUAGUAGAUUCACACCCGUUGAUGUUGUGUCUAAGAACUUAGUCAUUGUAAGAGAAUCAAAACCGAAAUAUUCAAUUGCCAUCUCCCAAAAACUUACCACUGAAGAGCUGGCUGAAAUGGGAAUAUAUGAUAUUGAAAAACAGACAUUCUUAAACCCGGAAACUGGUGCUAAAAUCACAUUCGAAGAACUUGUUUAUGGCCUUCAGAUCUUUGAUCCACAGUUCAUUUUAGUCAAGGACCUAGGUUCAAUGUCACACAACUACAUAACGUUCGAUGAAGCCAUUGCACGGCCUAUAAUUGACAAAACUACGGGACACAUGGUUAACCCAAAAACCGGCAAACGCGUACCUUUCAUAGAAUGCGUGCAGUUAGGUUGGAUAGUAGAGCAACCUGAAGAUGUCUCUAUUACUGAACAAGUUUCUAUCGAGUCUGCUCUUGAACAGGGCUUGUACAAUCCAAAGACAGGUGAAAUUAAAGACGUUAAUACUGGUGAACUAGUGCCAAUAGGAACAGCUGUUGAGAAAGGCUUAGUCGAUACAGAAUCCUUGUUGAUCAAAGUACCUCGUACCAAUGAAAGUAUUCCUUUGUCGGACGCUAAUGAACGUGGUAUCGUAGAAAUUCAUGAAGGCGUCAUAACAAUUGUUGAAACUAGGGAAAUAAUAGAAUUAUCGGUUGCUAUUCAACGCGGGCUAAUCACCGUUACGAGACGUCCCAUCUCGAUUGCGGCAGUAAUUAAGAACGAUAUGUAUGAACCCAAGACAGGAAAGAUAAAGGAUGAGGUAUCUGACCAAUUAGUUUCUGUAGGAGACGCGGUAGACAGGAAUAUCGUUCAUCCAACUAUCUCCGAAAUCAAGGAUACUGCAUUAGAAAAAUUCGUGCCGUUAUCGGAAGCUCUAGACACUAAACUAAUUAAUCCCGAAACCGGUAAAGUUAAGGACAAAAAGACUGGCAAAGACAUUCCAUUAGAUGACGCGUUAAAGAAGGGAUUAGUUGCGACUAAAGACGUAAAAUUCACCUUAUUCGAUGUAAUUGAAUUAGGUUACUACUCCCCUGACACUUGCAAAAUUUUGAACCCCAAAACAGGAGAAACUAUAACUCUCAGUAAAGCAAUCAAAGAUAAAUUAGUAGAUCCAUCUGACGUAAAGAUUAAAGACGAGAAAUCUGAUGCCGUAGUACCUUUUGAUCAAGCUGUCAAAUCAGGGCUCUUAGACUCAGAGAAAGGUAUUUUAACAUCUCCCGUUUGCAAUUUGAAAGAAGCUAGUGAGAAGGGCUACUUACUCAGUGACAAGAAACCGUGGACGUUGCAAGAAGGCUUAGUACAGGGUGUGUAUGACCCGGAAACUGGCUUGUUAACCAUUAACAAUAUUACUAUGACCUUAGAAGAAGCUAUCAGAGUAGGAAAUAUCAAUCCUGAAGCGUUGUCAGUUAGGAACUCAAUCACAGGGGAAAUUAUCACUCUCGCUGAAGCUAUUAAGGCAGGUAUUAUUGAUUCUAAGGAAGGAAAAGUUCGAGACCCCGUUCAGGGUGACAAAAUUUCUUUUACGGACGCCUCAGAACGUGGUCUUAUUGUCCCAGCCAAACGUAAACUCAGCUUGCCAGAAGCAGUCUUCAAAGGUUUCUACGAUCCAAAGACAGGUAAAUUCUCUCAUCCUCAGAGCAAAGAAAAAAUACCGACUGAUAGGGCUAUUAGAAAGCGUAUGCUAGAUCCGCAGUCUACGUUAGUGCACGUUGGAGGGAAAGUAAUACCCUUCGAAUUCGCUGUUGACAAAGGUAUCGUCGAUGGUAGGACAGGCACUAUAUUAUUAGGAGAUGAAAAGGUAGACUUCCGCGAAGCGUUUGAGAGGGGCAUUUUAGUAGAAGUUCGCAAGCCCUUGUCUCUUAUUGAGGCUAUAGAAAAAGGCGUUUACAAUGAAAUCACCGGACUAUUUAUGGAUCCACAGAGUGGAAAGAAAUAUACACUUGCUGAAGCUAUUAAGAUGAACUUAAUAGACCCACAUUCAGUUCAUAUUCAAGACAAUAGGCUAGGUAAAUGGGAUAAGAUCACAUUACCAGAAUCUAUUGAGACAGGAGUAAUCGAUGACCAGUCGGGCAAGAUUAGGAAUAUUAACAGUGACAAUGAAGAAAUAAGUUUACGUAAAGCAUUCGAAAUUGGCUUACUUAUUGAUAGCAAAGCUCCCAUCUCUUUACAGAGAGCGUUACACCAAGGUUUGUACGAUGAUAGCACUGGUAAAAUUAUCGACCCAGCUACCAAUCGCAAAAUCACGCUUCAUGAAGCACUUAGACGGUCAAUUAUUAGUCCGAGGUAUUUGUGUUAUUUCGAUAAAAAAUCCGAAAAACCUUUAUCAUUGGCCGAAUGCUGCCGCAGCGAAAUUAUUGAUCGAAGAAGCGGUAAAUUCCGGGAACCAGGUUCUGACGUACAAAUUCCCCUUUCCGAAGCUAUGAGCUUAGGUCUCAUUGUCGACAUUGAAAGCGCAGGCUUUACUUUAUACGAAACACUCGCUAUGAACAUGUACGAUAUCACUGAACUUGCCUUCGUCCACCCUGUUACUGAAAGGGCAAUAUCUUUGAAAACCGCGAUUACUGAAGAGCUUAUCAAUCCGGAGACUUCGUUAGUCAAACAUAUUCCGACAAGCAAGUAUAUCAAGCUUGUCGACGCGAUUCAAAACGGUGUUGUAAGUGAUAAUAAUAGCGUGUAUGUUCUUCCAAACGGAAAUCAAAUCAACUUGCUGGAUGCUAAACAUCGCGGUCUCAUAGUUACAAGCAAAAAGAACCUGAGUCUUGAAGAAAUUAUUAGGAACGGUCUAUUUAGGGCCGAUAACGGCAAAAUUGUUGAUCCUAACUCGAAUGAAUUCGUUGACCUCAACAAAGCUAUUGAAAUUGGUCUGCUUAAUCCCGAUUCUACUGUCGUCAAAGAUAGUUUCACUAAUAAAUUCAAGCCACUGCCUAUUGCGAUACAACAGGGUGAUGUAGAUGUUACCAAGGGCAGGGUUCUUGACACUAAGGCGAAGAAAACGUACAGCUUGGAUAUUGCUUUCGACAAGGGUCUCCUUGUUACCGUUGUUCAACCUAUUACGUCACAAACAGUAGCCAAACGGUACGUUCCAGACUCCGCCGCGUCUAAGGAGCCGGUUCUUAGAGAAUUCACGUUAGACGAAGCAAUCAAAUACGAAUUUAUUGACCCCGAAACUGCUGUAAUUAAAGAUCCUCAUAAGAACAAAUACAUUCCAUUAAAAUUAGGUAUAAUUGAAGGUAUAAUCGACAAAAAUGCAAAAGGAUCUUUCGAUACGCAACGUUCGCGCACUCUCUGUUUCCCCUUCGAAAACGGUUUGAUUGUAUAUGUCCGCGAACCUCUGACGUUUGAGCAAGCUAUCGAAAGUGCUCAUCUCAAUAUUGCAACCGCCAGAUUUACUGAUCCACAUUCCAAAGAAGUACUAACAAUUAAAGACGCGACCACUUUGGGUUAUAUCGAUGCGGAUACAGCGCUUAUAAAAGAUAAUCUCAAGAAGAGAUUAGUGAAACUUCCAGAGGCCUUCCGCAAAGGUCUCAUGGACGCUGAGAAGGGCAAUAUAUUAGACACUGAGACCUCUAAGCUGCACACGUUAUCAGCGGCAAUUGAAAGCGGUCUCCUAAUGACACCAAAGAAGAGUUUCACUCUGAUUGAAACUUUGAACUUCGGUAUUUACAAUCCGACUACUGGAGCUCUGAACGAUCCGUUCAUUACGACAAGUGUCAUUGAUAGAAAGAGACUGAAUUUGGGCGAGGCGAUCAGCCAAGGAAUUGUUGACGCAUCUAGUACUGUCGUCAAAGAACCGGAGACAGGAAAAAUAUGGCCAUUGGUUCAAGCUAUAGAACAAAAACUCGUGGAUCCAGUCGAAGGAAGAUUGACUAUUGAUCCCGUCAAGAGUAUCAGUCUUGACUUGGUUAAAGCUCAUAAGAAGGGAUACUUACUGCCAGCAGAAACUAGGCAAGCAGUAGAAGAGAAGUACAGGCUAUGUGAUGAGACGUUAUCCAAGUUGCUGGAAUGGAUCGCUGUGGUUGAAGAGAGACUGGCGAACCAAGAGGCCGUGAAGGAAGAUCUGGAUGAACUGCGAAAUCAAAUCAACAUUCUGAAGCUGAUCAAGGAUGACCUGGAGAGCCACCAGCGCCAGGUGUCGUCCUGCGCAGACCAGGCCAAGCAGCUGCUCGUGUCUGGAGGAGAUGUACUGGCUCCUCAUGAGGUGGCAGCACUGGAACGUGGGGUCCGUCAACUGAAGCAGCGGUGUGACAAGUGUACAGACAAAUGUGACAAGAUGCUGCGCAGACUCGCCGCUGCCAGGGACGAACUCGGAAAAUUCUCCAACGAAAUUAACGCCUUCAACUCGUGGAUGGAGGGUGCAUACCGCACUCUUGAGGAGAAGGAGUCAGCUCUGUCCAAACUGAAGAACUUGCCAGGACAGAGCCAGGACGUGAGGGAGUUCGUGUCCGACGUAAUUGCGCACCAAGCCGACUUGAGGUUCAUCACCAUGUCCGCGCAGAAGUUCGUUGAUGAGAGCAAGGAAUUCCUCUCGAUCCUGAACGAGUACCGCACAUCUCUGCCAUCCCGGCUAUCUCACGUGACUCCACCACCAGAUAGCGCGGUCCGCGAGGCCGCGACCCUGGCCAAGCGCAGACAUUCAGAGCUCGUAUCCAGGGCUCAGAGACUCCAGGAUAGAUUGAGAGGAGCUGCUGAUGUUACUAAGCUCUACCAUGAUGCUUUAGACCGCGCUCACCGAUGGAUGAAGGAGAUCGAGCCACAAGCGCGCUCCGUCCUUUCGGAGCAGGUGGGCGGCGAGCCCCGCGCGGUGGAGGCGCAGCUCAACAAAGCGCGUGCGCUGCACAACGAGAUCCUCGCGCAGGGACGACUCAUCGACAACGCUAAGGAUGCCUGCGACCAACUAGUGAAAUCCCUGGAGGGUAACUUAACUCCCUCCGAGAUCCGUCAACUCGAGGUUCCAGUGGUGGAUCUCACGUCGCGCUACAAUGACUUGACCGGUGCCGUGGGGUCCCGGUGCGCGGAGCUGGAGGCUGCGCUGCUGCAGUGCCAAGGGCUACAGGACGCGGCCGAGACGCAAGCGCACUGGCUCGGGCAGGCUGAGAGCGCAUUCAAGAACCAGUUUAAACCAGCAUCGCUGAUCCGCGAGCGGCUCGACGAACAAGUCCGCGAGCACCGCAUCGCUCAGGGUGAGGUGGAGGCGCGCCGCCCCACGCUCGCCAAACUGCUGAGCUCAGCCAGAGAUGCUGCGCUGAACCCGUCCAACGCACGGAUCGCCAAGAAGCUCGAGCAACGUGCUGAGGAUAUUUAUGCUAGAUACGAAAAACUCCUAGAACGCUCUACCAAACGUGGCCAGUUCUUAGACGAAGUAUCGACGGAGCUUACCGCGUUCUCGCAGCAAGCAUCCCGGCUGGACGCCGCGCUGCAGCAGCUGACGGAGCAGGCAGACAUCAACCCUGAGGAGCUGCCGGCGAGGCUGACGCAUUUGGCUAACUUCAGAGACAAACACAUGCCGCUUCUAGAAGAAUGCCUGCGCAACGGCAAGGCUCUGAUCUCGAAGAAGGACGUGACUGAUACGCACGUGGUGCGUGACCGCAUGAAGGCGCUGGAGAAUGGAUGGAGGGACUUCAACACCAACUUGGAAGAGAAGGUCAAACUGACUCGCCAGAGGGCCGAGCAGCUGAACCAGUAUGAGAACUUGAAGGUUCAGGUGCUAGAGUGGCUGCAAUCCAUGGAAGGCCGCGUGGGCCGCCUGCAGCCAGUUGCGGUAGACCUGGACGUGGUCAAACAACAGCAGGACGAGCUCAGACCGCUAGCCAAGGAGUACAGAGACUUCGCUGUCACUAUUGACAAGGUGAACGAAGCUGGUGCUGUAUACGAAGCCCUGACUCGCGGCGACCGCGCCGGCAGCCCACACAGGAAGAGGCAGCUCUACAGCCCCACCAAGAGGCAGACACCAAUUCGUUCCCUGGACGGUCGCUCGCCGUCGCCCACGAAGGGCCACGGGUUGGUGAGCCCUGGCUCCACUCACUCCACCUCCAGCGGCUUCUCCAGCCGCCGCUCCAGCCAAGACGGGUUCCAUCUCGAGGAACUAUCCCCAGUUCAGCAGCAGCUGUCUGAGAUCAACAACCGAUACAGCCUGCUGGGCACCAAGCUGGCCGACCGCCAGUCGGAGAUCGACCACGUCAGGGAGGAGGUGCGCAAGCACCUCGACAGCUUCCGACAGCUCAACACCUUCCUCGAUAAGGUUCAAAGACAACUGCCCAAGGACGCGGUGCCGAACACGAAGGAGGAAGCAGACAAGACCAUCAAGCAAGCGCGCGCCGUGCUCGAGGAGAUGUAUGAGAAACAGAGCAUACUAGACUCCACAAAGACUCAGGUUCGUGAGCUUCUGAAACGCAAGCAAGGUGUGCAGGGCGCCGACAGACUCCAUCACGAGAUGGAAGAUGUCGCUUCCAGGUGGAAGGCUCUGCAUGACGCCUUCAAGGACAGGAUCCGUCUGAUGGAAGAGCUGAAGGACUUCCACGACACACACAGCAACCUCACCGGCUGGCUGGGUGCCAAGGAGCGCAUGAUGGCGGCUCUCGGACCCAUCUCUGCUGACUCCAGGAUGGUGCAGACUCAAGUGCAACAGGUGCAAGUCCUCCGUGAAGAGUUCCGCACCCAGCAGCCACAGUUGGCUCAUCUCGAGGAGGUGUCGUCCGGCAUACUGUCGCGUCUGGACCCGCGCGCGCCCGACGCAGCCAAGAUCAAGACCAAGGUCAAGGAACUGCAGGAUCGCUGGAAUGAUUUGCUUAACAAACUGGAGGCGCGCGCAGAUAGCCUGGGUGCCGCCGCGGAUACGUCCCGCGAGUUCGACGCUGGCCUGGCGCGCCUACGGGACGCUCUGCAGACCAUCAGCGACAAGCUGGACGACGUCCCGCUUGAGAAGGAGCCUGAGGAACAGCUGAGGAAGAUUGAGAACCUAGAACGGCAGCUAGAGGGUCAACGUCCGCUCCUGGCGGACCUGGAGUCUGCCGGCGCUGCGCUGGCCGACGUGCUGUCAGACCCAGCGUCGCGGCAGGACAUACAGAGCAAGCUCGGCGCUGUAGCUCGGCAGUAUGAUAACCUGCAGCGCAAGCUGGACCACCGCAAGGCUGAGAUCGAAGCUGCUUUGAAGGACGGUCGCAACUUGGAGGAGACAGUGGCCCGCACGCUGGGCUGGCUGUCGUCAGAGCUGGGCGCGCUGCCGGGCCGGCUGCAGGUGCCGGCCGACCGCCAACGUUUGCAGCAGCUUCUGGACAAGCACGAGCCGCUGUACCGCGACCUCACGCAGCGUGAGCACGAGAUCAUCAUGCUCAUAGACAAAGGUCGUGAGAUGGAGAAGAAACCGGCCUAUCAGGGUCUGCGCAAGGACCUCGACCGCAUCCAGUCACACUGGGAGAAACUCAAGCGGGAGACUGUCGACAGAUACAACCGGCUGCAAACUGCUAUGGAACACUGCCGCAAGUACAGCAAGGCGCAGGAGUCGUUCCUCCCGUGGCUGUCAGACGCUGAAGAGAGGCUGAGCAAGCUGCCGGCCGCUGCCUUCACCAAGAAGGAGGUUGAGAAGCAGCUGCGAGAGCUGCAACAUAUCCGGAAUGAUAUCUGGAAGAGGUCUGGCGAGUAUGAGAACAACAAGACGCUGGGCGAAACGUUCAUAUCAGCGUGUGACGUGGAUCAGGACAUCGUGCGCAAGCAACUCGACAACAUGAAGGAGAGAUGGGACCGACUCAACAACGAGGUCCUCCAGCAAGUGGAAUUCCUGGAGUCCACGGCCCGCAAGCUGGGCGAGUUCUCAGAGCGCGUGCGCGCGGUGGAGACGCCGCUGCAGCGCUGCGAGGAGCGGCUGGCCGACGCGCUGCACGCGGCGCCCGCGCAGGCCGCCGAGGCCGUGGCGCGGCUGGCCGACCAGAUACACGCGCUCAGGGCGCCGCUGCAGAGCAUCCACUCGGCAGUGGACGACAUAGUGACUCUCGCGCAAGAGUGCGCGGGCCCCGACACGGCGUCCCGCGCGCGACACGUGCUGGAGGAGCAGGCGCAGGCGCUGGCCGAGCGGGUGGACGACCUGGAGGCCCGCGCUGGCGACGCCAAGGGGAAACUCGCGGGGGCUGCUGCCGCUUUGUCGCAUUUCCAAGAGAAAGUAAAGAACCUCUCCCACGACUUAUCCGAUCUGGAAAAGGAGUUGGACGCCAUGAAGCCUCCUGGGCGUGACAUCAAGACCGUGAAGCAACAGCUGGAUGACGUCGGGCGCUACUACAAGCAGCUGGAGAAAGCAGAGGAUCUGAUUGCUGACACCGAGCGCGCCGCCGAGGCUCUUGUCGACAGCGGCUACGCUGAUUCCUCUAAGACUAGGGACCAGGUGGAAGGUCUUCGCAAACAGCUGGGCAAGUUGGAUGAGCGAGCCCGGGCGAAGGAGCAAGAUCUGGACGACACGCUAAGCAAGCUGGAGGCCUUCUACAAGGCUUACGAUUCUGUCAUGGAUGAUGUGGCUGAGGCCGCAGAGCAAGUGCGCAGUCUAAAGCCAGUAUCAUCAGAAGUCGAACAAAUUCGCGCCCAACAGAAGGACUUUACCGAACUAAAGCGUAAGACUCUGGAGCCACUUGGCCAGAACGUCGGCCAUUGUAACAAGAUCGGCCAGGGACUCGUCAGGUCGGCCUUACAAGGAGUAUCUACUCAACAGCUCGAGAAGGACUUGGAGAAGAUGAACGAUAAGUGGAAUGCUCUUAAGGAGAAGAUGAACGAACGUGAACGCCGCCUGGAUGUCGGUCUGCUGCAGUCCGGCAAGUUCGCUGAAGCCCUAGCUGGGUUGGAGAAGUGGUUGUCAGAUACUGAGGACAUGGUCAACAACCAGAAACCACCCUCCGCUGACUACAAGGUCGUGAAGGCGCAGUUGCAGGAACAGAAGUUCCUGAAGAAGAUGCUGCUGGAUCGUCAGCAGUCGAUGUCUUCGCUCUGCGCAAUGGGCAGCGAGGUGGCGGCGGGCUGCGAGCCGGCUGAACGCAAGGCUAUAGAGAAACAACUCAAGGGCCUCAUGGUGCGCUUCGACGCGCUCUCCGCUAACGCUCAACAGAGAAUGCUGGACCUUGAACAGGCUAUGAAGGUGGCGAAACUAUUCGAGGAGCAGCUGCAGCCGCUGGUGGAGUGGCUGACUGGCACGGAGCGCCGCGUGCGCGCGCUGGAGCUGGUGCCCACGGACGAGGAGAAGAUACAGCUCAAGAUACGCGAACACAAGGCGAUCCACGAAGACAUCUUAUCGAAGCAGCCGGCGUUCAAGCAGCUGACGGAGACCGCCUCCACUCUCAUGGCGCUGGUCGGAGACGACGAGGCUGUUGCUCUGGCUGACAGACUGCAAGCUGCUACUGACAGAUACCAAGCUCUAGUCGACCACAGCCUGAACAUCGGCGAGCUGCUAGACAACUCCCGCAAGGGUCUGCGCCACCUCGUGCUGACCUACCAGGACCUCUCCGCCUGGAUGGACUCCAUGGAGCAAUACCUGGCCAAGAGGAAGAUACUGCCCGUUCAUAUGGACAAACUGCUCAGGCAGAUGGAUGAACUCGCUGAAAAAACCGAAGAGAUAGCCGCCAAACAGGAGGCAGUAGACAGCACGGUGGAGUCAGGCCUGGAGCUGAUGAAGCACAUCUCUGGAGACGAAGCUCUGCAGCUGAAGGACAAGCUGGACGCGCUGCAGCGGCGAUACAAUGACCUCACGUCGAAGGGCGCUGACCUGUUGCGCGUGGCUUCGGAGACACUACCGCUGGUGCAGCAGUUCUACAACAGUCACAACAAGCUGACGGAAUGGAUGUCAGGCGCUGAGUCGUGCCUGCAGGCGGUAGAACCGAGAGAGGAGGAUAUUCUGCGUCUGGAAGCUGAGCUGCAGGAGUUCAGACCUGUACUCGACAACAUCAACUCCAUUGGACCACAGUUGUGCCAGAUCUCCCCCGGAGAAGGCGCGACCCACAUCGAAGGCAUAGUGACACGGGACAACCGCCGAUUCGACACCAUCGCCGAGCAGGUGCAGAGGAAGGCUGAAAGACUGCUGCUUAGCAAGAAGCGCUCACUGGAAGUGGUAGGCGACAUGGAAGAGCUCCUGGAGUGGCUGCGUAUGGUGGACGGCCAGCUGCGCUCGGCCGAGCCGCCGUCGUGCGAGGCGGGCCGCGUGCGCGCGCAGCUCAAGCAGCAACGCCCGCUCAACGACGAGGUGGCCGCGCAGCGCGUGCGCGUCAGGGACCUGCUGGGACAAGCUAAGAAGGUCCUUCGCGAGUGCCAGUCAUCAGACGAGACAGCUGCCAUCAGGGAGCGAAGCGAAGAACUUCGGGAGAUGAUGGAAGAGGUUGGCCAACUGAGCGCCGAGCGGCUCGCCGCACUAGAGCAGGCUCUACCGCUGGCGGAACACUUCGCCGACACGCACCACGGACUAUCCUCUUGGAUGGACGACAUGGAGAAGCAGAUCCAGAUGCUGGCGAUGCCGGCGCUGCGGCCCGAGCAGAUCGCUCAGCAGCAGGACAAAAAUGAGAUGCUGCAACAAUCGAUCGCCGGGCACAAGCCGCUGGUAGAUAAGCUGGUGAAGACUGGCGAGGCGCUCGCUCGGCUGUGUGGUGACCAUGACGCCGCCACGCUGCAGGACAUCGUCGACGCCGAUUGCGAGCGGUACAACGCGCUCAGGGCCGAGCUGCGCCAGCGGCAGCAGCAGCUGGAGCAGGCGCUACAAGAGUCAAGCCAGUUCUCGGACAAGCUGGAGGGCAUGCUGAGGGCUCUGGCGGGCGCCAGCGACCAGCUGGCACGCGCCGAGCCCGUGUCGGCCCACCCGCCCAAGAUCCAGGAUCAGAUAGAAGAGAACAACGCGCUGGUAGAGGACUUAGAGAAGCGUUCGGAGGCGUACCACGCGGUGAAGCGCGCCGCCACUGACGUCAUCAACAAGGCGAGCAAGUCCGACCCCGCCGUCAGGGACAUACGCAACAAGCUCGACAAACUUAACAAGCUAUGGGACGAGGUGCAGAAGGCGAGCACGGAGCGAGGCCAAUCCCUGGACAGCGCGCUGGAGGCGGCGCGGCGCUUCUGGGCGCAGCUGCACGCCGUCAUGGCCACGCUGGCCGAGCUGCACGACACGCUCAGCGCGCAGCCGCCGCCCGCCGCGCAGCCCCGCGCCAUCCAGGCGCAGCAGGUCGCGCUGCAGGAGAUACGACACGAGAUCGACCACACCAAGCCCGACGUUGAGAAAGUCCGCAAGACUGGCUCAACCCUGAUGUCGCUAUGCGGCGAGCCAGACAAGCCAGAGGUGAAGAAACACAUGGAGGACCUGGACAGUGCCUGGGACAACAUCACGGCGCUCUACGCUAGGAGGGAAGAAAACCUCAUCGAUGCCAUGGAGAAGGCGAUGGAAUUCCACGAUACUUUGCAGAACCUGCAAGAGUUCCUGGACAAGGCGGAAGACAAGUUCUCGCGCAUGGGUCCUCUGGGCUCGGACAUCGACGCCGUGAAGCGACAGAUCUCGCAACUCGCCUCCUUCAAACAGGAGGUCGACCCGCACAUGGUCAAGGUCGAAGCUCUCAACAGACAAGCCCAAGAGCUGACAGAGCGCACGUCGUCAGAACAGGCCCAAGCCAUCAAACAGCCACUGACAGAGGUCAACGCCCGCUGGUCUGCGCUGCUCCGAGGCAUGGUGGAACGUCAACAACAGUUGGAGAGAGCUCUUCUGAGACUUGGACAACUCCAACAUGCUUUAAGAGAGCUGCUGGCUUGGAUCCAGAACACGUCCGACACGCUGGAUACUUUGACGCCGGUGGCCGGAGAUCCUCAGAUCCUGGAAGUGGAACUAGCUAAGCUGAAGGUGCUGGUCAAUGACAUCGCGGCCCACCAAGCCAGCGUUGACACUCUCAACGACGCCGGCGCACAGAUCGUCCAGCAGGGUACGGGCACAGAAGAGGCGGGCGAGACUGCAGACAAGCUGAACACCCUGAAUAGAAAGUGGCGUGAGCUACAACAGAAGGCACGAGACCGUCAGUCCGAGCUGGAAGACGCGCUCAGAGAAGCUCAGAGCUUCAACGCGGAGAUUGGCGACCUGCUGUCGUGGCUGUCUGAGGUAGACAGUGUCAUCGCGGCCUCCAAGCCAGUCGGGGGACUGCCCGAGACCGCCUCUGAACAACUUGAGAGGUUCAUGGAGGUGUACAACGAGAUCGAAGCCAACCGUCCGAAGGUGGAAGCAGUCUUGCAGCAAGGCCAAGAAUACCUUCGUAGACAGGAGAAGCCCAACCCUACUUCACAGCUCCACCACAACCUGAAGACUUUGAAGUCGCGAUGGGAUAAUGUCACUGCCAGAGCAUCAGACAAGAAGAUAAAGCUGGAGAUUGCCCUGAAGGAAGCGACAGAGUUCCACGACGCACUACAAGCCUUCGUGGACUGGCUCACCAGCGCCGAAAAGACGCUCACCUCCGCCAAACCCGUUUCCAGGGUCAUGGAGACACUGCUCACCCAAAUCGAAGAGCACAAGUCCUUCCAAAAGGAAGUCGCUACCCACCGCGAGACUAUGCUUCACCUGGACAAGAAGGGAACCCAUCUCAAAUACUUCAGCCAGAAGCAGGAUGUCAUCCUGAUCAAGAACUUGCUAGUAUCAGUGCAGCAUCGGUGGGAGAGGGUAGUCGCCAAAGCGGCUGAGAGGACCAGAGCCUUGGACCACGGGUUCAAGGAGGCUAAGGAGUUCAGUGAUAUGUGGAACAACAUGAUGAACUGGCUGAAUGAUACGGAGAAGCAGCUGGACGAACUCAACUCGGAGACCACGGUCAACGACCCUGACAAGAUCAAACAGAGGUUGAACAAACAUCGUGAAUUCCAAAAGGCGCUCGCGGCUAAACAGCCCGCGUACGACCAGACCAUGAAGACAGGAAAGACCCUUAAGGACAAGGCUCCUAAAGCUGACGAGCCCACGUUGAAGACCAUGCUGACAGACCUCAAGUCCAAAUGGACUACUGUGUGCUCCAAGGCUGUUGACAGACAACGCAAGCUUGAAGAAGCCCUGCUGUACUCGGGCCAGUUCAAGGACGCGAUGUCUGCCCUGCUCGAUUGGCUACGCAAGCGCGAGCGUGAGCUGUCUGGAGACGCGCCCGUGCACGGCGACCUGGACACUGUCAUGGCGCUUAUUGAACAACAUAAGCAAUUCGAAGAGGACUUGCAUUCCCGUCAACAGCAGAUGCAACAAGUGCUUAAGACCGGCAGGGACCUGGAAGCCACGGUACCUCGUGAGGACGCAACCAGCAUCCGCCAGCAAUGCAGCGAGCUGAAGACGGCGUGGGAGUCCGUGCAGACCCUCAGCGAGAAGAAGGCGCACAAACUGGAGGGAGCACUCAAAGAGGCGGAGAAACUGCACAAGUCAGUGAACAUGUUGCUGGAGUGGUUGUCGGACGCGGAGACCAAGCUUCGAUUCUCGGGGCAGCUGCCUGAGGGCGACCAUGAGACGCAGAUGCAGAUCCUUGACCACGAGAGAUUCAUCAGAGAGCUGAAGGACAAACAGCGCGACAAGGACGACACGAUCGCUCUGGCUCACUCUAUCCUCGGGAAAGCGCACCCCGACGCCAUCACCGUUAUCAAGCACUGGAUCACCAUCAUACAGAGCCGCUGGGACGAGGUAUGGCAAUGGGCGAUGCAGCGCGGCGGCAAGCUGGAGGCCCACAUGCAGAGCCUGAAGGACCUCGACCUGGUGCUGGAGGAGCUACUCCAAUGGCUGAUGGGACUCGAGAACACACUGCUAUCAUUGGAAUCGGAGCCUUUGCCAGAAUCCAUCGAACUGCUGGAAGGUCUCAUCGAGGACCACAAGGAGCUGAUGGAGAACACGCAGAAGCGACAGAACGAAGUCGACCGCGUCUGCAAGGCUUACCAGGUCAAGAGCCAAAGCGUAGGACGGGAAUCCACACCACGCAAAGUAUCUGCCAAAUCUGCUAUCAAGGGAACACCUGGUCGUGGGUCUCAGCAUGACCUCAACAGGGAGAGGUCGGUGUCACCAGAUUAUUAUGGCACCAGGCGCUACAGUCGCGUGAGCCCGGGUCGGGAGACGCCUGAUCGCAACCUGCCGCACUACGGGCCGAGGUUCCCGCCAAGGGGAAGCAAGGGCGCAGAACCGGAGUUCAGGUCACCACGCGUGAAGCAACUGUGGGACAAAUGGCGCACCGUAUGGCUGCUCGCCUGGGAGCGACAGAGACGGCUACACGAGCGUCUCGCUCACCUUAAGGAGCUCCAGCGCGUGUCCAACUUCAGCUGGGACGACUGGAGAAAGAGGUUCCUGAAGUUCAUGAACCACAAGAAGUCCCGGCUGACGGACCUGUUCCGCAAGAUGGAUAAAGACAACAAUGGCCUCAUACCCAGGAACGAAUUCAUCGACGGAAUCAUCAACACCAAAUUCGACACAUCCCGCCUGGAGAUGGGAGCCGUGGCUGACCUGUUCGACAGAAACGGCAGCGGCCUCAUCGACUGGGAGGAGUUCAUUGCCGCCCUACGACCUGAUUGGGUCGAGAGACGAGGUCCGCCGACGGACGCAGACAAGAUCCACGAUGAGGUGAAGAGACUGGUGAUGCUCUGCACCUGCAGGCAGAAGUUCCGAGUCUUCCAGGUCGGAGAGGGCAAGUACAGGUUCGGAGACUCUCAGAAGCUGCGCCUAGUCCGUAUCCUCCGCUCCACCGUGAUGGUGAGGGUCGGAGGCGGCUGGGUGGCCCUCGACGAGUUCCUGGUCAAGAACGACCCGUGCCGAGCCAAGGGACGCACCAACAUCGAACUGCGAGAACAAUUCAUACUGGCCGAUGGAGUGUCACAGAGCAUGGCAGCGUUCAGACCGCGCACGCCCCGCUCUAACACAAACACUCCUCCGUCCACUGGACCCAUCACCAAGGUAAGAGAACGCACUGCUCGUUCAGUGCCGAUGUCCGCCGGAGGAGUGGCUGGCCGUGCCUCCAGGUCGUCACUGAGCGCGGGCACUCCCGACUCCCUCAGCGACAAUGAAGCUGCUAGCGGACUCGGCUCGAGAUACAGGAAACCCAGCGCGCCAAGAUCGACGCUGACACCAGGAGGAUCCCGACCAGGGUCACGGACAGGAUCCAAACCACCUUCGAGACACGGGUCAAACCUGUCUCUAGAUAGUACAGAUGACGUAACUACGCCAUCUCGUAUCCCGAUGCGUAAAGUGACGAACACUAAAACAUCGACUGCGCGUGCGGCUGCCAACGCCGCUAAACUGGGUGUCGCUACGCCCAACGGCGGGUCGCGGCCGCGCACCCCGACCGGCUUCCUCACUCCAGCCAGCGGAAGGUACCAAAGCGGAGGGAUGUACCGCACCUCCAGUAUACCGACACUGACCCCCGUGCCGGCGAUAGUGAGCUCGACACAUUCCCAGCCGUCAUCGAUGGCGUCCGAACAUCCUAAGUCCUUAUCCCACACACACCCUGCAUUCCAGACUCAAGGGGGCACCAAGAUUCCCGUAUAUGUCGGUGCCCGUUCACAGAGAACACCUUCCGCUGAGAGGAAAAUAAAGACUCGAAAGUCAGUUAGUCACUCCAGAGAAACCUCCCAAGAACCCAGUCCCACUUCCCACGACCCCUCGAGGAAAUCCGAGCAGAGAAGUCCAGAAGACGACUCCUCGCUGUUCAGCAUAUCUGGAAUGACGAGCGACAAUGAAUAUGAGAGUAAUAUAAGCGAAUCGAGCGGCGAAUCAUCCAAGCCGACCCAGCGUGUUAAAGGGAGCGGGUCGUUUGCCUCAACCGAGGGUCAAACACCCGGCAGAAGUCGCAUCCCGGUACUAAAGGAUCACCAUACUAACAGUAACCUGAAUAGGCAAAGGACUCCGUCUGGAAGCACGACUCCGGUGCGGUCAGGGCAGACGACGGCGGUGUCCCGGCUGCUGCGCAAGCCGUCCGACGCCUCCGACAGCGGCGCGCCCGCCACGCCUGGAUCACGCCGCGGCACGCCCUCUAGAACCACGGAGCAAAAACGCGAACCAUUCCGACUGUAGACGAAAAAUACAUGCCAGUUUUGAUCCGUCAAUCUCAACUGAAACUUGACUCACAAAAGUCGUUUCUAGGAUAGCAUUGACGUCUCAAAACCUUCCAACUAUGCCGAGCAAGUCGUUUUGACCAUUUCAGUUCAUAAUGAUAACACGUAAUUUUUUUUUUUUCAAAUUUGUAAUCGAUAUUUAGGCCAAAAUAACGUAAAUAUAGGUACCCCACCUUUUAAUAAAGUAAACUCUGAAAUUUGUCAACACGACAUGCAGGCAUAGCGAGUGCCGAUAUUAAUAUAAUAAUACUAACAAUGAAUUAUUAACCGAUUCGCGAAUUAAGCCAAGCUUAAUAAAAAAUCGAAUUUGCGAAUGUGGCUUUUUAGUUAAGAAACAAUAGAUGGUAGUAGUAAAACUUAAAGUCUGCACUUGUUGCCUUGUAUACUUAUUUUUUCUACGAUCCGUGUAGUUUUGUGCACGUUGGACUUUUUUUAUUUAUUUUGUGCUGUCAGUAUUUUUCCCAUUGCGUUCAGUUUAGAGCGGAUUUCCAAACCGAGAUUUUUGUGUAUAUUUUCCCUUUAUUUAUUGUCAACGUUGCCAUAAUUGUUAGUGUAUGUUUUGUAUGUUAAAUACGUAUCAGUCUCUGUGCUGAGACCGAAAGAAAAGUGUGAUUUUGUAACCUUUUUUUGUAAUAUUUUCCUUUAGGGACCAUUUUGUUAACGAACUAUUGUGGAUAGGUGAUCCUAGGACAUGGUUUUCAUCUGUCUUUAUUCUCUAGUGUAGUUUCGCCAGACUGCACAUGUUGAUUGACAAAUGUAAAGCAUUUCCCGUGAUCCGAUAAGGUGAUAAUAGGUUUAUUUGUGAGUAUUUUUCUUUUGUAAUGCACAAUCAUGUCUUUUUUUUAUUUCUAGGUCCUUUUGUGUUCAUGUAAUGUUGGUUGAAAUGAUCAACUCUCAUCCAUUUACAGUAUGUACAUUCAUGUAUGUGGUUUAUGCAUUGUUGUUUGCACAAUAUAUUUCUUAUGACGGAAAUUAUAAUUUGAUUUGGUAAAAAGAUUACGCAUGACUAUCGCCAGAGUCGUGACGUAACGGUUUCGGUUUACCAUAAACAAUCUGCUCACGAAAAAAUUCCAUAGCAGACGAUUUAAUUUUAAGUGAUUUAACUAAAGUACACUUUUGUCGCAAAAGACAUUUACUUAAUAAAAAGCUAAGAAUACUUUUUUUGAUAAAAUAAACGCUUUAAUAUAACCUUCCUUCGUUUAAAAUGUUAACCAACACUCACACUUAUUUGUUAAUUCUUAUUAUAAAUCUGACUCUACGAUUAAGUCUUUAUUAUUAGAGUUAUAAAACUAUUAA